GGCACCGUAUGCUUGCUCAAGCCCCUCUGAUCCCAACCAGCUGUCUACCGUAGUGCUCACGUUUCAUCUGCAUGGCGAACUACACAAAAUUAUUAAGAUGCAUACUACGCUGCUUGAGCGGUGAGUCGGUGACUAUACGAAGCGCUGGAUUCGGAUGUAACAAUUUUGCAGGUAAUCGAACCAGUUUUAUAUGAAAACAUGCUAUGGAUUUUAUUGUCGCACUUGCCAUUUCUCCUUUGGUCAGGAACCGGCGCCGGAGGCCUAAAAUGCAUCAGCGGUACACAUCCGUUAGAGCGGUCAAUGGUGAAGACUGACACGUGUAAAGCUGAUCAGGUGUGCUUCGGAACUCUAACAAAAACUGCCCAGGAUACAGUAGUACUAGAACAAGCCGGAUGUGCCAUCAUGGAUAGCACCAAGAAACUGGGAUGUGUCAUGUCCAGUCCUGAAGAUAUUCGCAUGGUGUGCCACUGCGAUACAGACCGCUGCAAUCAGUAUGGCUUCCGGGAUUUCGCGCAAGCUGAAUCUGGAUCAUGCGUUGCCUCUGGCAGUAAAAUCGGCAUUGUUACAGCGGCAGUAAUUCUAAUACACCGCUACUUUCAGUAGGACACUUAGUGGACCAUUGAACACAGAAUUGGCCGUAAUAAUAAUAAUAGAAUGUGUAUGCUUGUACCUGACCACCGGUAAUGUAUUUUGCAGUUAGUGGUUUAAUUUUUUCAGUGCUUCGUUACUGUUCUACUGGAGCACGUAACGACUCUCAUGCUUUCGGUGAAUUUUACCGGCUCUUUUCUCGAUGUCUACAAUUCUCGGUUUGGUUCUUGCAUGACUUGCUCAAUUCUUGCUCAAGUCCUCAA